GUUGAUUCCUUCUGAUUCUGAGACAGAAGAAGGAAGAACCAAUAACAGAGGAAUCCAAGUUCCUUUCUAGGGACCGCGAUUCCUCAUUCAUUCAUUCAUAUGCUUCUUCAACUUUCUCCUCUCUUCUCCCUCUAACUCAGGCGCAUUAUAUCUAGCUAGCACUCUUGGUCCAAGGAAAUAGAGCGAAUGUUCCACUGUGGAAUUAACUUAUUUUGAGGCAGAUUCUUUCAUCUCAGGGAGAUUAUAGCACAGUGCCUGAAUCCUUUUUAGUGAGUUGGCAUCAAUCAUGUUGGGUGGAUUUGUAAAAAAAUUCGCUUCCACAAUGGGAGGCUGCGCUUCAAAGCCGAACAGGAAGAGUAAUGUUCAUAAAAGAGAACACAAAAAAUUUAGGAAACAUGCUUCACUUGGUGACAUAACAAAGAAAAGGCAUAGCAAUGCUUCAGCCACCCGCCGGAAAUCUGAUGUUUCUAACAUGAAGUUGCAUCUUGCCCAACUCCAAUACCAGAGCCAUAGUAAAAAAGAUGCAAGUGGAAAAACCCAUGAGGAUGCCUGGUUUGACUCAGUUAGCAUUAUAGAAUCUGAAUCAGAUGAUGAUUUUAUUAGUGUACUUGGAGAUGGUUUUCCCUUUGUCACUAAUAAUGCUUUGGGAAGUGUCCCAAACACCCAGUUACUCCAACAUGAAAAUGCAUCAUGCUUGGUAGAUUCAGGGUGUAAAUAUGAUCGGUUAUGUGAUAGCUACUUCAAAGCAGGUGUACCUGAGAGAUUUCUUUGUCGUCCUAGAGCUGGCCUUCAGAUUCUAAAUACAACUCAAGAGAAGCCAUGCCCCAGUUCCUGGUCUGCAGUUUCACCUUCAGUUUUCAACCUCCGCGGAGAAAAAUAUUUCAGAGAUAAGCAAAAGUGUCCUGCUCCAGAUUUUAGCCCUUAUAUACCAAUAGGUGUUGAUUUAUUUGCGUGUCCCCGGAAGGUAAAUCACAUUGCUCAGCAUCUAGAACUUCCUUCUGUCAAAGAGCAUGAGAAAGUACCUUCCCUCCUUAUUGUUAAUAUACAGUUGCCAACAUAUGCUGCUAGCAUGUUCCCUGGUGAUGCUGAUGGGGAAGGCAUGAGCCUUGUAUUAUACUUUAAAUUGUCUGAGAAUUUUGACAAAGAUACCUCUCCUCACUUUCAGGAGAGCAUCAAGAGAUUAGUAGAUGAUGAGAUGGAAAUAGUGAAAGGUUUAACAAGGGAAAGCUUGGUUCCCUUUAGUGAAAGGCUAAAAUUUUUGGUAGGGGUGGUUAAUCCAGAGGACCUUCAGCUAAAAUCCGCAGAAAGAAAGCUUAUAAGUGCCUACAAUGGCAAGCCAGUGCUUUCACGCCCUCAACACAAAUUCUUUAAGGGACCUAACUAUUUUGAAAUUGACUUGGACAUACAUCGCUUUAGCUAUAUAUCAAGGAAAGCACUUGAUUCACUACGAGACCGUACAAAGAAUGUAGUACUUAAUAUGGGCAUAACUAUCCAGGCACAGAAGCAAGAGGAACUGCCAGAGCAUGUCUUAUGCUGCUUACGGCUGAAUAAAAUUGAUUUUGCUAACAAUGGUCAAAUUCCUACUAUUGUGGCUCUUGAUGAUAAUUAAUUAAUUCAUGGAGGCAUGAGGUGGCAAAUUGGGGUAAUACCCAGAUGAUCAUCUAUGGGGGGAAGACAUAAGACAAGACUGAGGGUUAUUUUGUAAAUCUAUUUACUUAACAAUGGAGGAAAAGGAAGAGAAGCAAAAUUUAAGCAUUUAGUGUUUUCUCUCAUGCAAGAUUUUUUUUUUCUUUUAGUGUAUGGUUUGGAUUUACCAUUUUGUCACUCAUUUGACAUCCCAUAUAUAAUAGAUUCUAAGGUCAUCUUUCUAGAGGUGGUCAAAUGGGAACUUACAUGUAAAUUUGAGAUUCCCCUAGGAGGAAUCAUUGAGUAGAAUGCAUUACUUUCUGAUA